GACGGGAUUUUUUUAUCAUCUGGUAAUUUCUUCGAACUGUCAAUAGCACAAACCCUAGAAUUAUUGCACUACCUACUGUCGUAACUUUUCCAUCGUGAACUUUUGUAGACUGCAACAGGAGAAAAAAAGUAUUCCUUUCUAGAACGACAAUGCUGCGCAUCACAGCUGGUCGACUUUUCGGUGCUCUUCGGGGUUCCGUUGGUAUGACCACUUCGCGUCUAGGAAUUGCUGGUGCAAUCCGACAUUCGCACAGCAGCGAAAGUGCAGAAGAGUUCGAUACACGGUAUGAGAACUACUUUAACCGGCAGGACAUUGAUCACUGGGAGGCUCGUAAAGGAAUGAACGAUCUUCUCGGAAUGGAUUUGGUGCCGGAACCGAAAAUUAUCAUCGCUGCUCUGAAGGCCUGCCGUCGGUUGAAUGACUACGCCUUGGCCAUUAGAUUCCUCGAAGGAUGCAAGGACAAAUGUGGAAAUCAAGUCAAUGAAAUUUAUCCAUACUUGCUGCAGGAAAUUCGUCCAACCCUUAAUGAACUGGGUAUUGAUACACCGGAGGAACUGGGAUAUGAUCAGCCCGAAUUGGCCCUCAAGUCCGUUUAUGAUAUUCACUAAAUGGCGUAGUAGCGGAACAUCAUUUUAUUAGUACAAUCAAGAAUAAAAUGAAAAGCUGUUCAGUUGCUUGAAAAGAUAUGAUUAUGUAA